AAAUCGAUGUAAUUCUGAAAACCUGUUCGUAUAUCAUUGAAACGUUGAAUAAUGGUCUUGUAAUACGUCAAAGAUGGGGUGAGUCCUUUUGUCCACUAACUAGAAGUACAGAAUACAACAAGGGUCGCAAAUGUGACGUACGCUUCUUGUCAGCAUCAGGAUCAAUAUUAAACGGUUUGUUAAAUCGCAACCUGAAUGAUGAACAGGCGAAAAAAAUCAAUGUCCCUUUUUUGCAAGUUGCCGGCACAAGUGGUCAAAUGUUGGUUGAAGAUUUAGUUGAGGGUUUUUACGUUGUCUUUCCCGGGCCGACAUUUGAAUUUCCCACAAGACUUCAACAUAUCGAAAAUCUAAAGUCAGCUGUUAAUAUUAUCAAGUUUGUUAUGGAUAAGUACAUCCAAACAAACAAGAUAGUGGAAAAUAAAGUAAGUACGCAUAAUGCGUUUGAGCAUAUUUUCGGCAACAAUAACGAUCUUGAUAUGGAUGAACCUGUUCAUUGUAAAUCGGAAUUUAUUCAUGAACCGUGGUGGACCCCGAAAAGCAAGAAAUCAUAA